ACUAAAAAGAAGAACGGGAAAUACGAAAAAAAAAUGGACUUUGAGGAUCACGCUUACACCAGCACUACUUAUGAUAAAGUCAGCCCCGUUGAGUUCACAUAUAAAAUGUCUGCAAGCGAGAUUAAAGAGUUUGUGAAGCUGAGGGUUUCAAAUAAUUACCUCUUCUCUGGAAAAAGAAAUACUUCCAUGUGUGCAUGGAGGGCCAUCUUGAAACAUAUGGGCUUGCAACACAAGAUGACUCAUAUUCAAGCAUCCAAAAAGUGGGAAAACAUGAAGAAGAGAUACAAGGACCUAAAGAACCCUCCAGAAUGGGAUGAAGCCCAAGAGGAGGAAGGUGUCCAUGGAGAUAAACUGCCCUGGCCUUCGUUAGCAGGUGGGCCGGAAGUUGAGAUUUCCCUGAAUGAAGAUGAGGACGAGGAGGAAGGCCAGGAAAUAGGCCGCACCACUGUGAUGGAGAGGGAGAAACAGGUGAUGGAGAGGGAGCGGCUGGUGAUACAGAGGGAGAGAGCGGUGCUGGAUCGAGAGGUUGCCGCUCUGGACCGAGACCGAGCCCCGCUGGAAAGAGAGCGGGCGAUGUUAGAGAGAGAAAGGGCGGUGAUGGAGAGGGAGAGGGCGGUGAUGGAGAAGGACAAAGAAGCUGUGAACAGGGAGCGGCUGGCUCUGGAGCGAGAGAGAGCCAGACUGGAGAGAAUUUGUGCACCUAAAGAAAGGACUGAGGAGGUCACAGAGGACGGCAACAACGACAGCGACACAGACAUAGUGGACAGGAAGGAGCGAUUCCUCAUUAUGUUUGAAAAACUUGUUGAAAAUUUUUGAUUAAUUGUCUCUUUCUGCACAAAAUCUUCCCCAAAGAAACAGAGUUCUUUGCAGUUUCCAGCUUGGUUGCAUCUGCAUAUUAGAGGUCGACCGAUUAUUUUCUGCCGAUAGGACGCUGUACAAACUGAUGUUAUCCGCAGAACUAGCCUCCGAAAGUGGGUUAUGGCUGUUCAGUUCAAUUUCUUUUUCAAAUUAAAAGCUGCCAUUUCAAAAUAAAGACCUCUACUGUUUCAUACACUGUUCAGCCAUGUACUAGGUUUUGACCUAAUCCUGUUUUUAAGAUCCGACAAUAUUCUUAAUACAGUGUAUUCCACUUUGGUCUUCCAGAUUAGGCCCUUUUCUGAAUUUAGCAUUUUCUCAUUAAGACGAGGAAUUAGCUGCUAUUAUUGGUAUUAUCUGGACUUGCAUACAGCGCAUUCAGAAUAUGCGUCUCAAUUUGGGUUUUUACUGCGGUUUGCAACACUUAGCCUUUCACCUGUUUACAAUCAGCUCUGUGUGUUGUCAUGGAAAUGUUGUACACAGAUCAACUAGGCGACAGUUUGCAGCACUGCGGUAGAGAUGUAUGAUCGAAAGAAAAUCCCACAUUUUUGGUCAAAAGGAGACAAAGUUCAGCAGACUAACCAUUUUUGAAUAUUGUGUGUGUGUCCCAUUCAUAUCAUUCUGUGUCCCCUCUCUAAAUUCAGACCUGAAUGCAGUGUAGAUGAGUUUUUUCCCCCUCUGCAGCAGUUUGAGGAGUCUGGGUUAUGGGUUGAAUAGUUGAUCACUUGAUCCAAUCAGAGCUGAUCAGAUCAGAUCGAUGGAUGAGAGGAACAUCUGCUGCAGAAAGUUUCACUUUCACCGUGCCUGAUGUUCUGCUGCUCCAUCUGUGCCCAGAUUAUGCUCUGUGCUCCGAAAGUAUGGUGCAAUGAAUAUUAAAACAGUAUCCAAUAUCACUCCGAAUAGACAUUUCAACUCCAAAAAUAUAAAGUCACUCUUGCCAUUCUACCGUUUCAUAUUUUGACAUGAUAAAUGACGCAUAAAGGGACAUUUAUCAGGACUAUGCUUGACUGACUGUAAAGGGGAAUAUUAGUAGAAAAGUUGUUUUAAUUAGCCAUGUAAACAGCUUGAUAUAAAUAAACCCUAGUAUUUUGAGCAUAUAAUAAAUUGAGUGACUGAGAAAGUAUUUUUAAGUAUUUCAAAAACACAAAAUGAAACAGAAAUACUACAAAUUAAUAGGCUUUUCCCCCUUCCAAACUAUUGCUAUGAUAUCGGCCUUAAAAAAUGUAUAAUCUGUUGACCUCUACUGCCUAUCAUUUAUAUCAAAAUGCACAUUAAGCUUCACCUAUUAGUUGUCAAUGAAAACGUUGAGCCACUCCGGGUUCGGAGAGGUCUUCAAAACAACUUUAUUCACUUGUGGUUAUUCCAUACAGAGCAGACAAUAGCAAGCUAUUAGCAUUAUUCUUAACCCCAUCCACAAUCAAAAUCAACAACCCACCCCUCCCAAAUCAAACAAAAGUCUUUAUUUGAUCGACUCCAGACAUUAGAGUCUUUGCUAUUGUGCACGGUUAAAACAUCACCUUGUGAAAUGUAAUAUACCAAAUAUUGCAGUUCAUGUAAAAAAUCUUUUUUUUCAGAAUAUAUAUUUUUUAUAUUACAGUACAGACUUUACAACAAAUGAUUGUGUUUAAAAUGCGUCUUUUAUUGCAUUAGAUACUCAAUUUACCUUUCAUUAAGCUCCAGCUUCAAUAAGUUUAUGCUAGUAUACAUUUCCAAAAAAAGUGUUAGAUUUGUCAUUAAAAUUAAUAUUAUUAUUUUUACAAAACAAACAUAUUUAAACAAUGUUACUGGUUGUUAUUUCUCUGCCAGUUGUGAACAGACACUAAACAGACACAUGCAUGCCAUGUGAGGGUUUUUAAUAAACUGAUUUCUCCG